UCUUAAGGAAUUUGUAAGCGGGAAAAACCAAUCAAACAAUGAUAGAAACCGAGACUGGGAAAUGUUUGGUGUAAUUCAUUUGCUGACAUAGCAACGUAUCAACACGUUGCCGGUGGCGAGUCAAAACAUCGGGAAGGAAACAAAAUGCACUCCUAAAUAUGGCAUAAGAAGUCGGGAAAGUGAUCCUUCUGAUAAUUGGUCUGAUUUAUGUUUUCAAUGGAUGAUUUUAAAUAAGAGGAAUAUGCUAGUCAAAGGCCAGUUUAACGUUCAGGAACAAAGUGCUUUCAAAGAAAAAAAUCUCUCUCCGCUGCUGUGAAUUCUCUGUAUGCGGUUUAUUUGUUUUAAAAACAACUAGGAGAAAGGGUAGACAAAACCUUGCAGGUGAUUCAAACCGAGAACACUCCUAAAGAAAAGAAUUUACAUGUAAAGGAAACCACGGGUCAGCAAGGCCUGGUGGAAAAAGGAUCUUCUGAAAUAAGUUCUCGUGCAAUGUCGGCUCAGGUGGAGGGUCAGUUGUUAGAAGGCCAGAUUGAAAGUCAAAACGGAGGAUAUAUUGAGGUGAGUUCUGAAAUGAUGACUUCAAAUAUGGACCCUCAAAUACAAUCACAGAUGAUGGGUGAGCAGCAAAUAAGUUCGGUUCAAAUGAACGGAGAAGGUAUGCCAAUCAUGAUGCAGUCACAGGGGAUUAAUGUACAACAAAAUGGUGUACAGUACCAAAUGAUUGAUGGACAACAGGGGGAAAUACAGAAUAUGUCUCUGCCAGCUUCCGGAGAAUGUGGCACGCAGACAACGCCAAUCGAAGGAGGAAUGACAAUGCAAGAAAUGUCUAUGCAAGGAGGAAUGGCUAUGCAAGAAAUGCCAAUUGAAGGUGGAAUAACUGUGCAAGAAAUGUCUAUGGGAGGAGAAAUGACGAUGCAAGAAAUGCCUAUGGGAGGAGAAAUGACUGUGCAAGAAAUGCCUAUGGGAGGAGAAAUGACUGUGCAAGAAAUGCCUAUGGGAAGAGAAACGACGAUGCAAGAAAUGCCUACGGGAGGAGAAAUGACGAUGCAAGAAACGCCUAUGGGAGGAGAAAUGACUGUGCAAGAAAUGCCUGCAGGAGGAGAAAUGACUGUGCAAGAAAUGUCUGUGGGAGGAGUAACGACGAUGCAAGAAAUGCCUCUGGGAGAAACGACGAUGCAAGAAACGCCUACGGGAGGAGAAAUGAUUGUGCAAGAAACGCCUAUGGGAGGAGAAAUGACUGUGCAAGAAAUGCCUAUGGGAGGAGAAACGACUGUCCAAGAAAUGCCUACGGGAGGUGAAAUGGCUAUGCAAAAAAUGUCCAUGCAGGAAAUUCCAGGGUAUAUGCAAAGUAGUCAGAUGAACGGGUUUGCGGAAGGGGUAGAUACACAGGAGCAGCAAAGCUGGAAUAUAGAAGAAGUAGGUACUAUUGAUUGCAGUGAAGAACAACAGCUGCCCACAGAAGCGAUUGAAAUUAAAGAAAUGCUAUCAGACACAAAUGACAUUCAAGAGGAGCAGUUGCCUCCGGAAAAGACAUUAGAGGAUUCAGAUGUGCCAAAUAUCGCAGACUCUUGGACCACAGAGGAAAUAGGAGAGAUAGGGGAACAAGAACCUGAACAAAACUGGAGUGUGGAAGUCAUUGGAACUGUAGACGAGGAAGGCCCUGACCAAAGCUGGAGUACAGAAGAAGUAGGUACUAUUGAUUCUAGUGAAGAACAACAACUGCCCAUGGAAGAGAUUGAAGUCAAAGAAAUGCCACUAGACACAAAUGACAUUCAAGAGGAGAAGUUGCCUGCGGAAAAGAAACUAGAGGAUUCAGGUGUGCCAAAUAAAACAGAAUCUACUUGGACCAUAGAGAAAAUAGGAGAGAUAGGAGAAAAAGAACCAGAACAAAACUGGAGUGUGGAAGUCAUUGGAACUGUAGACGAGAAAGACCCUGACCAAAGCUGGAGCAUAGAAGAAGUAGGCCUCAUUGAUUCCAGUGAAGUCAUCCAAGAUACUUCUUUACAGGAGAAUGACAAAAACCAUGAUAGGAACACUGUAACUACAAAAACGACUGGAGAACCGAAUGGAACAAUUACAGAACCAGGAAAAGAAAUCGAGAGCAAGAAGGACCUGCCGAAAUCAGGAGAAGUUGAUAAGGAUACCGAAGAUGAAACAAAUACGUCUAAACAAACACAGGAAAUCAGGUCUCCCGUAACACAAAAAGUAACCUGCCAUCAUGACAUACUAAUAGAUCAAUUUGUGGAGAGGAUUAGCAGACUUGAGAAAGACAAAGAGUUCCUAGAAGCACGUUAUGAUGCGCUACGCCAUGAAAAAGAAACAGAGUUAAUUUCACACAGAGAACAAUUAACCAUUCCUCAAGAUCACCACCAUUGCUGCGAUAUCGCAAAAGAUUACAGCAGCUUGAUAGAGUACAUCACAAGUUCACGCGAGGUUUCACUGGACGAAUACGGCGAUGUGCGUGGCUGUGGUUACAACUAUGUUUGUGAUAUCCAUGGCGGUGCAAGAGAAACUCUUAGAAAUUCAAACCAGAUGUCAGCUGACUAUGAGUACUACAAGUCUAAAUGUGAUCAAAUAAAGCGUGAGAAGGAACGUUUGGAAAAAGCAUAUGAAGCAGAGAAGAGGCAGAAGGAAGAGUUUGAAAAAGAAUAUCGAAAUGAAAACGACGAAAAGAUUUAUCUUGAAGAAAGAUAUCAAGGAAUGUUGGACAGUAUUAAUCGAUUUGAUGAAACCAUUCGCUCCCUAAGAAGGGACAAUGAGUUGUUGCAGAGCAAACUGAAUGACUGGACAAAGUCAAGAAUGACGACCCACACAUUAGACAUAAGUAGUAUGACAUUAGACCAAGGUGAUGACGGAGAAGAGAUCCUAGAAUAUAGGAAAAACAUCCGUGUAUUAGAGAAGGAAAACAGAGAAUUUAGAGCAAUUCUUGACGUUUUGAGCAAGAAGAACGAGAGCCAAGAAAGUCUGAAAAAUAUCGAGCUUGGUUUAGCGAGGGAAAAUGAAUUUAUUGAGCUAAAAAGAGAAAGAGCGAGGCAAGAGGGAACAAUAAAAGAGAUGAAAAGAACAAACAAGCAUCAACAAGAGAGGAUAGAGGAGAUAAGAAGGGAAUCAACAACAGAGAUGUCUCGUUUGAAAGAGAAAGCCCGGAAAUUGGAGAGAUCUUUAAAAGACAACGAACGAAUCCUCGAAGAGAAGGACGACGAGAUUGCAAACCUCAAGAAAAGACAUUCAGACGAAAUUCAAGGAAUGGAAAUGAGACUACAAACUCAGCUUUCAAAUACAAUGCUUGCAAAGAAUCAAGAAAAAGACUUAAAAUCCAAAAUAGAACGGCUGGAAGAAGAGAGGGGUAGACUUAGAGAAGAGCUGAGAACUUCAUCAACCAGUGGCAGAGAUCGAUAUCAUGGGAUAGAGGUGGAAUACCAAGAUACUGAAAUGGCUCGUCAAAGGUACGAAGAUGAGAGAAGAAGUAAGCUGAGACUCGCCAGUGAUAUGAAGUACUUGCUAAGCGAUAUCAUGGACCUUAAAGAAAGAAACCAAAGAUUGCAAGAGGAUUUCACUCGCGAAAGAAUGGAAAUUAAGGCCAUGAUAGAAAGACAAGCUAACGAAAUUACCCAGGAAUAUCUCACACAAAUAAGCAAAUUGCAGAGGUCGCUGAUAGAGGAAACUAAACGCAGACAAGAAGCUGAAGCUUUUAAAAGUGGGCUCUUUUCCAACCAGGAAAAUAAUUUCAGCUUUACAGGCGGUCAAAGGGAAGUGAAUACAACACCUGGUUGGGGUAACAGUGAUUUUCAGCAACAGCUAACCGACGAAAUUCGACGGCGAGAAACACUAGAGAUGGAAAACAAGAAACUUUUAUACAAGAUGAAUGAAAUUCUCUCUGGUAACAGAAAUGGUCGUAACGAAGAUGUUUUUGACAAUUUAAAGAAUAAUGAGACUUCUUCGAAUCGAAAUGAAACGAAGGUGCCUUCAAGAAAUAACAACGAACGGGCAAUAACGCAAAAGGAAUUACAAAGUGAAAUAGUAGACCUUCAGGAGAAACUCGAGGAUUUGAAAAAAGAAGCCAAGCGAAACAAAGAGCUAAAGAGGAGAAACGACGAUCUUGACGAAGAGGUCACCCAUCUGACUCGAAAGCGAGAUGAACUUUUGGCUGCUCAAAGGAAUCUAACUCGCGAGGUUGAUCACUUAUCUCGUACUCUAGACGAAGUUGAGAGGCGUAACAGGAAGCUUACAGACGAAACUGAACGCUUCACCCGCAAAAUCCAAGAUAUUGAAGAUUCCUUCAGACAGGAAAAGAUUUCUUUGGUAAGAAAUUACGAAAACGAAAAAGCAAGAGCUGUAGAAGAAGUAACAAAAAUGAGAGAGGCUUGCGAGAAAAAACUUCAAGUACAAACAGACACAACGAGAAAACUUGAAGAGAAAAUUCAGCGGUUAGAAGACCAAAUAUCGGCGAACGUUGGGCCCCAGAGUAGAGGCUUAAACGGGACAUCGUCUUCCCAUGCUUUAAACUCAUAUGGUAUAUCAGGGGAUUUUAGAAGCCAGGUUGUUCAUUCUAAAGAUGACAAAUUAAAACAAGAAGUUGAAAACCUAGAGGCAAUGCUACGAGAUGUCAAUAAAAAGCAUGCAGAUGACCUCAGGAACCUUGAAGCACAAAAGCGACGAAUGUCAGAAGAGUUUCAGAGAGAAAAACAGUCGUUAGAAGAUUACUUUGAAAAGGAAAACAGCAGUCUACAAAAGCGGCUUCGAGACGUUGAGUCUAGCAUCCGGGGGGGAGAUGCAAGGUCGGCAAAUGCCCCAGGAGCAAAUGGAAAUGAUAGCAAUGUCAAAAACACAGUCUGGGGGCCACUAUCAACCAGUGGAAUAAGGGAUAACGGAGCAAGGGAUACAAUGGCUUUCGAAUCCAGUAUUACGAGAAGAGAAAACUAUAAUGGACAGUCUAGGGAAGGGGAGCCAGAGACUACAAUUCAAGAAAUGGAGAGAAGAUUCAACGAAGAAAAGAGAGAAAUUUUAAAUCGUGCCUCAAGGGAAAAGGCAAAGUUAGAGGACGAGGUGAGAGAGGCCAAAGAGAAGCUCACAAGCUAUCGUCGUUUGCUUGAAGACGAAAUAGACGACUUGAAGAGAAAACACAGAAAAGACCAAGACUUUCUUAGUGACAAGCUGUUCAAAGAAAGGGCCGACUUCGAGGAAAGACUUCGCACUGCGGAACGGAAUGGUUCGAAAGCUAUGGUUGGCGUGUCACCCACACAGAGGAACCGAUAUGAUUUUGACGAUGAUACUCGGAUGUCAAGGCAAAAUUGGUUAGUUGAACAGGGCAAUCAAAGUGGUUUUGAUGCUGUUGUUGGCACACAGAAGAAUCAAUACAGUUUUAACGAAGAAAACAGGAUGCCAAGACAAGGAAAUGUUUUCCAGGUUGAGCAUGGAAAUCAAAAUGCUUCUGGCAACAUGGCUGAUAUGUCGGUUCCACAAAGAAAGCAAUAUGGUACGGACGAUAAUGAGAGAAUGCGUAGAAGGGGGCAAAAUUUCCAAGGUGAACUGAGAGAUCAACAUUCAAAGUUUGAGGAGGAAAAAAGAGAAUUGCAACACCAGAUGCAAAGCGAGAAAAGGAAGCUAAUGGAAACAAUACAUGCUCUCACAAAGGAAGUCAAUGCUCUUAAAUGCGAGAAACAACAAUUAAAGAACUGUUACAAAAAGGAAGUGGAGAAGCUUACCAGAAUUCAUGAGGUAGAAAAGAACAAUUUGCGCGAUAGAGUUGCAAGAGAUAAAGAUGACGAACUAUCUCGGAUAAGAGAAGAUAACGAAGGACGGUUGGCUUCUGAAAGGAAAAGAUUACAAGGAACAAUCGAUGAAUUUAGACGAAAGAUGUCAUUAACGGAACGGAAGUUCAAAGAAAUGGAAAUGCAACACAAGAGUGAGAAAACGCGAUACCUGGAAGAAAAGCGCAAUGCCGAAAAGACCCUCAUCCAAAGCCAGGAAGAGUUAAAGAUGAUAAUGGAACGGGAAUACAGAAAAACGUUGAAUGAUGAAAAACAAAAAUUUGAGCAAACAGUAAAGGCCUUAACAAAGCAAAUCUCUUUCUUGCAAGAUCAGAGAAAAGAAAUUCAGGAAAAGUUGCUAAAGAACGAGUUGUCGGGAAAUUCCAGUCCAAGAACAGAGCAGUUGUCAAGAAACAGAGUAGUAAUUCAAAUGGAACAAGAGUUCUUCGAGCGAGUAGAUCGCGAGAAACGCCCAAUGGAGGAGAAGAUUAGAGAACUUCAGCAAGAAAUUAAUAAACUGAAGAGAGAAAGAACUGAAUUGAAAGAAACUCUUGAAAACGAAAAACAAGAGCUUGAAGACGAAUUGGAGAAAAUACAACUGGAGAUGAAACGAAAGCUUAGCAAAGCGAGGGAAGAAAUGGAGAAAAGAACUGAUGUUAUUGGGAAACAUAUGAUGGCAAACACAAUUAAAAAUGCUUUGGCUAGCUCUGAGAUAUCCCAUCAGUCAUCACAAUCCGACGUUCGACAGUAUAAAGACCAAAUUAACUUAAUGGAGCAAAGGAACAUGACACUUCAGGCCAAAACGGAGAGGCUUGAGAGAGAACUCAGAGUUAUGGGAGACAGACUGAGGACUUUGGAAACACGUAACAAGGAUUUGGAGGCGGCUACUAGGGAGGAGUGGGUGAGGCACUUUAUAUAACUAAACAAAUCUUAGACUCGUUUUAAUCUCUCUUCUCUGUCUACCAAAGUUACAAGAAGCAGAAUGCAUGUCUACUUUUUCUUUAUCAAGUCAAAAACGCUGAGGUUCGAAUACAUUAAGUAACACAUUGCACCUACUAUGUAAUGUUGAAAUUGGUUUGUCGCGUCAACACUUACGUAAUGUAUUUUACAACGUUCGUCUACAGAGCAUAAGCAGAAACGAUGUGCUACGGUCAAAUCUAGGAUACUACGGAGAGUCAGAUAUCAGAGGAGCUAACGACUUUUCACUUGGUCCAAACAUUGGUAGCAUGAGAUCUGAGAGCAGGGUGUUUCAGCCAAACCUUUCUCCCAUAUUUAACACAACAAAUGGCCAGUCUUUGAUAGGUACUGGACAAUCGUAUGGCGAUAUACUAGAAAGGGUUCGAUACACCAUGCACGCAACAGGAAGCAUUUCGGAUGCACUUGGAAGGCCAUUGGCAGGCUCUGGUGGACUAUCCAGCGGAGGAGUCGUUGGAGGCACGGGUACUGGCCAGCGGCAAAGUGAGCCAACAAUCACUGACUCGUUCAACCAAGCAAUGGGAACUUCUCUGGGAAGCAGAAAUGUUUCGGCCAAUAGCCAUCUCGAAAAUACGCGAUUUGUAAAGAGUACCGAGGGUGGGAAUUUCACUUCAGAAGACAUGAAAAGUACUUCUUUUAGUGCAGGAGAGAAUCAGCAAUCGACUCCCCAGCUGACAUGAUUAUCAACAAUUUAAGCUCCGGCUUAGCUACAUAGGACGAAGACAAGAAUGAAUUAUUCUUCAGGAAAAAAAAAAAACUAGAAUAAAAAUAUCACAUGAGAAUUAUCGCUAUUAGUACCAACAAUGCCACCUGAAAUGACUUCAGAUUCAUCAAAUGCACAAAAAAGGCGCCAUUUAAGUCUCGCAGUGACAAAGAGCGGGAUUUUAACGUAGUAAUGAUGUAUAAAAAUGACAAGGAACUAAAGCUAGUAGUCAAUUAUUGGAAGUAGAGUCAAAAAACUACACCACCGGACAUAAGAUUUGACACGCUCUGCAAAGAUGAUCUCCAAGGGGAAUUUUGAUUGUAUC